UUAAGGAAAAGGAUAUUUGAGGAUUUCAAAGCUCCGCCAUUUCUACCAUACUGCCACCACCAUAUGAGGCACAAGCAUCCAGAACAUCAAAUACAACUGCACUCAGCUGUUCAGCUUGACGACCAUGAAGAUAUCGGAUGUCAGCCUUCAUGAAUGUGGUGGUUAUCACCAUGACAGGAGCGGCGCCAGAAGCGUAUCCUGGAACAAGUCGGGUAGCUGGUUAGCCAUGGGUGGGUCAAGCCCCAGGAUAUGGUCGAUUGAGGGAGCUAUUGGUUCUGUUGUCCCUGGUGCUUCUGGCAGUGCAAGCAGUGGUCAAAUUCGCUGCAGUGAAAUCCUGGUGAUUUCGGGCCACAACGCCGCUGUUGAUAUUGUGAGAUUUCACCCCAAUGAAUCCAACUGUCUCUGUACAAGUGCUGGAGAUGCCACCAUCCGGGUGUUCGAUAUUCGCGCUGGUGCUGAGCGUGCAGUUGGUCGCAUAGACGUGCAAGCUGGAAAGUCGGCAAACUACAUAGACUGGAGCAGCACAUCAAGUCCGUCAGGAGGCAUGUCAUCCUCACAUAUUGCAGUUACAGAAAGAGAUGGCGCAGUUCACGUAUACGAUAGCCGCAAGCUAUCGAGUGGUAGCACGAGCUUGAACAACAGAGGCGCACGCAGUGGAAGCACCACCAGCACGAAAAGUACUCCUCUUUCCACUUUUCGCAUCCCAAAAGUGGACAUUGACACAUGCAUCUUUUCUCCAUCCGGACUGCACUUGGUUGCAGCGACAGUCAACAAAGGGGUAAUGAUAUCUGACUUGAGGAUUUGGAACUGGAAGGAUGGAUCGGAUGCCUUUCUCACUUCAGUCAAUGACAAUACACAGUUCAAAGUUCCAGCUCAUACGGGUCCCAUCUUGAGUAUGCAAUUCUCUCCCGAUGGAAAAAGGCUGGCAACGGGGAGUUUUGAUUCCAUUGUUGGCAUUUGGGACGUGGCGACCAUGAGCUGUCAAACCAGCAUCAGUCGACGCCUCAAAGUGAUUCGAGGCGUUGGUUUCAGCCAUGAUAGUCGAUUUCUGGCAACAUGCAAUGAAGAAGAUGGCAUUGAUAUUGCAAAUGCUAGCACGGGUGAUCAAGUGGGACAGCUACAGCUGCGAGAGAACCCUUCUGGCAUGGGACCAACAGGAGGAGCUGACGAGGUCAAGUGGAACCCAAACGCACACAUUGUAGCAUGUGCACGAGCCCCUACGGGGCACAGCCAGUCCUCUGCGGCCGUUGUCAUCAGAUGUAGAGUGUCUGCAUAACUGACUAGCUUGCCAGCCACUAGUUUGUACGUUUGCUGUGGAACACAGCUUACUAGCGAGCCGACAACUUCUCCGUGGCUUGAAAUUAGACCAGAGUGCACUGAACCGAAAAGCGAGAAACCAUUAUUUCAACAAAAGCAAUCCAUUGAGACAUCCUACCGGUAGACUUCGGCGUCUGAUUCGAAUAGUACCGACCCCUGAUAAUGGAAACAUCACGCAACCUCCGAUGGAUAGUAAAGCUCUAGGUGACCUGAUCAAGCCACUUGUGAUUAUCAUCUAUGCCAAACGCAGAAUACUGUGGCGUGCCAAAUACUGUACUAUCCUGCAGUCCUUUUCCAUGAUGCAGUGGAACCAUCAUACAGCUGGACUCGGUUGCUUGAUGGCUGAGCUGCAUGCCAGUGUAAAACUUCGAGCAAAGGACUGGCCAGUCCAAGAAAGAAGGGCGCAUCCAAGCAGCUGCUCCCACAGAUUUUAAGCUGCCGUGUCUUUGUUUUGUUCGCUAUCUUGGAACUUGAAGCUACAAUCCCUUGGCUAGAGAAUACCCAUGCUGGGGAUUUAGCACAAAGACAUUGUGUUUUGGUGGAGCCAUACGAGCCAACUAGUGGUAUUCAUAAUAGGAGACUUCUCUUUUAAAAAUUCAGAAAGAACCUUUUUUAUAGGCCAGGAAGUAUGGGAAGCAGAAGCGAGGGCGUUUUAUUCGAUGCCCUCGGAUAAGAAGUGG